AAAGUCUAGCGUUUUGUGGUCUGAGUCUGGAUUUGCUCACUUCCACAAGCCUGUGGGAGCAGUGUUAUGAUCUGAGGCUGCUUUAGGUAAUCAGGUCUACAGUGAGGGUGUAGGUUCAACAAUGUUAACAGCCAGGUGACCUAAAUAAAGUGAAAAACCAGGAUUUUCCUUCCUUAACUGUAUGGGGGAUAUUCCAGGACGACUUUGCCAGGAUUUGUUGUGAAACUGGUUUGGGGAGCACGAGACGUGAGUUUUGCACAUGGAUUGGACUGGACACCAGAGUUCAAUCAUUAAACCCAUUGAGAAUCUUUAAAAUAUGAUGGAGAAGACAUCAGACAGCAGUCCGUCUCUCCAAUCAUCCUGAGGGAACCGGUGUAACAGGUCAGGAUGGCAGAAUUCUUGCUCAGACAGGCCAUUUUCAAUUCAGCCAAAAAAAAAAAAAUCAAUACAGCGCUCCCCGUGUUCCUGCACCUUCUCUAAUGUGUCCUGGAAGUCUUCUCUUUAAACGUCAAGCACCAGUGUCAGAUCGGCGAAGUCUUCAGGAUCUGGACACGGGCACGGUGCGGCUGUGCGGCGAGCAGGAGCCCGGGAGCGCCCUGUAUCAGGUGGACACUCCGGUCAGGAUCUCCGCCUCAGAAAAGUUGCCUGAUAACUCCAGGAUCUACGCCUUCAAUAAUGCGAAUUGCUGCGUUGUCGUGGCCGAUCGCACCGUGAUCCUCUUUGACCCCAGUUUCCAGACUGUUCUGCAUCACCUGUAUUUUGAUACAUUAGUGGACGUUGUGAGCGUUUGUCCUCAGGGACAGUUUUUGUUCGUCGGUGAGAGAAACGGCAAUCUCCACAUUAUACAUGUUCCUCUGAAGAAGACCAUCCUGAGUAAAGUGCUACAGCAACCUCCAUCGAACGAUCACGAAACGACCUACAAGAGCCUACUACUUCACGAAGCACAGAACUCUCCAGGGUCAUACCAUCUUUUUGUCCUCGUCCGCUAUGGAUUCUUGCACGUCUCCAAUCUCGCACUGGACAAAACACAGAAAGCGAUUGAAAAAAUGGACCUCAGUGCCUUAAACGAGAUCCAAGGUAACAUUCACAUGAACUUCUGCUCCACUAAGGAGAUCAGUAACGAGAGCUGUAUCUCCGCUGCGCUGGCCGGCUUCGGAAAGGAGGUCCACCUCCUGAUUGGGGCCCACGGUGAAAAUACUAUUUCCCAAUGGCGCAUGGAGUUCGAUCAGAGGACGCUGUCGCUCUCCAAUGUUCUGGAUUCAACAUUAAUGCCAGGCGUGCGGAAAGUUCAGGCGGUGGACAAUUUGAUGUAUGUGCUCAACGAAGAGGACAUGCUGAGUUUGUGGGACACUCGGUCGCUGGUCAUGCUGUCCUGCUGGCCCGAUCUCCACAUCCUCGACUUCCUCCUGAUCGCAGAAGGAGACUCAGCGUCCAUCGGGACGCAAGAGGGAACCUGCACGAAGAUCAUGACUUUAACUGCAGCCGAGACUAAGCCUCAUCUGAGGAAGCUCCUGGUUCAAUCCCUUCCUUCUAUGGAGGUUCUCUACUCGCUCGAGGUCUCGGCCGUGUCGUCGCUGGUGCAGAACGCCAUCAGUGUGGAUGCCAUCUAUUUGCUGGAAGCGAUUUCCGAUCAGUCAGCAAGCAGUUCUGAGGGAUCAGCCUUGGGUUUAGUCCUGAGAUGCUUCUCCGAGGCUCUUCCUGAGAACAGAUUGAAUAGACUUCUCUACAAGCACAAGUUUGAAGAAGCGGAGAAGUUCGCGAUCGCCUUCGAGCUUGAUGUUGAGCUGGUGUAUAAGGUGAAGUUGGACUUCGUGAUGGAGAAACUGGCUUUAGUGUCCCUCAACGAUCAAGCUGAUGAAGUGGGAACAAAGCUUGUUGAAGAAGCCAAAACCAACCUGAUGAAGAUUAUGGAUGAGCAGUAUGUGGUGCAGUACUGCCUGAAUGCUUUCUGGCCCACACUCACUACUGCUGAGGAGAUGCUGAACUACGCCGCCAGUCGCUUCCCGUCAUCCCAAAUCCAGUCAGCUCUGGGCAAACUCGCCACCUUCUGCAGCCUCUACGGUUCCGACAAAUUUAAUGGCGUGUCCUGGAUCGAGUUCCUGAACAGCAGAGAUUACCUGAAAGAGAUACUCGCAUUUCUAAGAAUGGGGAACCUCAGCAAGGCGCAGUACCUGUGGCUCAGACAUGAGGCUGAGUUUGCAGGAGAGUUCGGUGAGAAAUCCAUGCAGGCGUUGUUGAGCUCCAUCUCAUCAGACAUCCCGUCUCUGGAGCUGUGUAUCUGGUUGAGGGGGGUGGUGGUGCCCUUCAUGUGGAGAGUGUUACCUAAAGGCCAGAGAAUCCUGGCCAAAUGGUUGGAGCUGCGAGCGAGAGAUCUGGAGCUAACGGAGAAGCACGGCUGGCCUCAGAACGGUCUGAUGCUCGCUGAACUCGGACUGCCAUCCUUCUGGAUGUCCACAAAUCUGGUUGAGGACUAUAACACAGAAGAGGUGGAGCAUCUAAAGUCAUUAGUGGCAAAUCUACACCAACUCUGUGACCUGUACACCAAAUACAACUGUCGCCUCUCACUGUCUGACUUCGAGAUGGGAAGCACUCGCAGCAUGGCGUUUCUCAUGCUGGAUAAAGUGCUCGCCCCGGAGCUGAUUGCAGGGGUGGUUGAGAGCAGCGUGAGUCCGUACGCCCUGGAGCACAGACUGGACCUCGAUCGCGUCCUGCUAGACUACAUUAAGGACUUGCUGGAUUGCUGCAGUUCUCAGACUACGUCUCUGUUCACUGAGUGGGAGGCCAAAGCAGUGGCUCUGGUUCACUGUAUGAUUGACAUUGAUCUGGUGAUGGACGCCGUCCUCGAGAUCAUGUACAAGGCCGUGGUCCCCUGGAACGAUACGAUCGAGAAGCUCGUUCAGCAGCAUCUGGAAAAAGAGCACCCCAAGCAGGAGCUCCUGAAAGAGAGUUAUCGUUUAAUGGAGAUGAAGAAACUCCUGCGAUGUUACGGAAUUCGCAACUUGACACUGUCAAACACCAGAGAGACGAUGAUGCUUGUGAGACACAUCAUGAAACAGGACCUGGCCACAUCCCUAGAAGAUUCUCUUAAACUGGCUGAAACCUAUAAGCUCAACUCGUCUGAGAUCUACUACAUCUACUGCAUUCAGCUUUUAGAAAAGAACGAGAGAGAUAAAUGUAUAGCUGGACUGAAAAAGCUGCCCCCUGCUGAGGCUGAACUCGUGAUUGAGCGACUGACCAGCUGGGCGAAACUCCAACUGCAAAACAAGGAGCAGAUCAAUGAGCUAAAGAAGCUCCAGAUGCACGUCGCCCAGACGAUGGUAGAGGCGCUGAAGUAUUUGCAGAACAUUCAGAGAGAUGAUGCUUUAAAGAGAAUGGGAUGCGAGAACAAUCUGAAAAUGUUCACUGCUAUUGCUCACUUGCAGGAGGACUUCGACAUCUUCCUGACCCCUGAGGAGUACGAUGACCCGGCAGUGAGGCGGCAGUUCAACCAGCAGCUGAUCACCGCCUACGAGAACACGCGAGCGUGGCGCCAUUCGAAGAAGAAGCACCCGGACAAGACGAGCGCCAAAGAACCGGACGUCAAGGCCAAAGCGGCAGUGGCUAAUGAUCCUGACGGGAAAACGAGGACGCUGUCCACUGAGGCCGGACUCCAUCGUCUGGCCAGACAUCUGGAGAGGACUGAGCAGGAGCUGUGGGCAGACCUGGCAGAUCGAGCUUUAGAAGCUGGGAAUGUGGAGAAAGCCCUUAAAAUCCUCAGUGAACUGUACCAGCACCAUCCGAACUCGAGCACAGGCCGAGUGCUGUUCAGCACGGCUCGGCGUCUCUGUCAGAUGCUGGAGGACAACGUCCCCAUGGUGCUCCCCGAAAGAGUCAAUCUCCCAGCCCUCAUCCACAAACUGGCCUGUCAGGCCAUCACCAUCUGCCAUGCCGACCUGCUGCUUGACUGUGUGGAACUGUGUAAAAGCACCAGAGACGCUGCUGAUGUGUACCGUCAGUGUCAGAUUGAUGACUACGGCUUCGUAGUGAAGGAUGCAGUGCUGAACGGUGAGGAAGAUGCCUAUACGGAGACCAGCGUUCAGGAGGUGUUUAACGAGGACGGCAUCGUGCUGGACCCGGUCUCGGUGCUCCCGGUGCAGUAUAAGAUCACCGCCAGUCUCCUGCCACUCGCAGAUUCAACGUUUUAUCCUCUGGGUUGCUCGUGCUUGUCGUAUUGUGCUCUGCAGGAAGACACUGACUACGUUCGGCCGUUGCUCGGGCCAAUGGCCACCAUGCUGCAGAGUCUGCAGGAGUGCAGUCAGCUAGAACUGGCCCUAAGGCUGCUACAGGAGUCAUACGGCAGCAUUUUACAGCACUUCGUCUCCAACAACAUGGACCUCAGUUUGAGCAUGAAGCUUCAUCCCAACAGUCGGUUAGUACGAGAUAAGCAGACUCUGGAGGCGAUUGAAAAGACUGCUUUGUCUUCUAUCAACAUGGUUGUGGUGUCUUUGCUGCAUAAGGUGUUGAACUGGCGGGUGGUCGACUGUGACUUGGCCAUUGGUUUUUGCACGGUUUUGGGCAAAUCUGACGUUUUGGACAUUCUGUGGAAAAUAAUCACCAAUGCUUGGCAAAAUUAUGACAAGAUCAUGGCUGUGGCGAUGGUUGGAGCCCAUUUAUGCUCACUUUAUAACGACCAGCAGGAGAAGAAGAACUUCCUGUCUGUCAUCACAGAUGCAGAGUGGGGUAUUAAGCUUGGAAAAUUUGGAAUUUCCAUUCAGUCAGUGUUUAGACAGUGUUCAGAGAGCAAGCGGAAUCUGAUUCCUGUACUUGUCAAGAACAGAAACAUGACCCCUGAGAUCUUAAAGAAUUACUGCAGAACCUAUGGGCUGGACAGUGACUCUGCGCUUAACCUCUACAUCACCACGCUGCUGCUGCAGGAGAAAGCAGAUCAUAAGCAGUGUGAAGUCGGAGCAGGGGAUUCAGUACUGGACGAAGGGGAUGAACACGCAGAAGUAGGGCAUGAAGAUGUUCUGGAACAUGUCCUACGCAUUGUUCCUCAACUGAGCUCCACUGCAGACCUGGUUAUCAGUCUGCACACUGCACUCACCAAGCUGAGUCCAUACAACUACGAGCGAAUUGAGAGGGUCCUCAAGACCAUUCAGUCCGCAGAGGAGAGCACCACUGUUUUACCACUCAACCAGAUGAUGGGAUUGCUCCAGCAUCUGAAGUCCCACAAGCGUACGUCUCCUCCCACUGAUGUCGAGAGCACGUACCUUCUGGAGAACUCAAUGGAGUCGACUCCUCUGGCCAACACUCGCUUGCCGUUUCACCUUCUUCUCCAGACCAACCUCUAUUUCUGGAAGAUUAUUUCACCCGAACUGAAUGAGGAGACAUUACCCACGAUACUGCUCAUAUCCAAACUCAUGAAGGUUAACCUGGAUAAGCUUUACAUUCUGACCGUGAAUCAUGUGUUCAAGAACAAGCUGAUGCCUUUGCUGCUUGACCAGAUGAAGCGCUCACAGGCUCAUGGCCCCAGCAGAGACACCAACGCCGUGAUCCAGAACAUAUUCAGACACACAGUCUGCAUUCAGAACCUGGAACUAGCUGCAGCCACCGUGCACAAAAUUGCUCAGGAUGUUCCUGCAGGUUCAGAGAAAACCAUGUUUCUGAAAUUCAGCUUGGACCUUGUACACAAAUUGCUAAAGUCUGACACUCUACAGGAGGAGCUACGGACGAGGGGGGAGAUGUUCACCUCGAAGCUGCAGCUGCAGUACCAGCGCUCAGCCACAGAGAACGCGCUCAUGACUUUCCAGCUGGACUGCCCCGAGCUACUGAAACUCACAGGACUUCCCGGUCGUCUCAUCGUGGCCCUGUUUGAGCACAGCUCAGUGGUGGAGCGCAUGAAGAGUCCUGCUGGAAAGACCUACCCUGACAUCCACGCAGUUGCUGCAGAGAUCGCGUCCAUUAACUGCGUUGACCUUCUCAAGAUCCGUAACAUCCUUUUAGAGAAGUGGCUUUGCAAAACAGGGCAGACGAAUGGCAAGGACGUCCAGUACCAGGACUCUGUGACUGAUCUAAAUGAUGAUCCUGAUCUGAUGAGAGUGGUGUAUUUGCUGCAGAUGCAUCCUAUGGAUAUGAGGGCUCGUCUGCUCAGUCCCAUCCUGAGUGCAGAAACAUGGCUGUUGGGAGGAUCGGGUCUCAGACUGACCUUUGAGCACCGCAGUCGUGCUCUGCUCUGCCUCAUUCACAUCGCCGACUCCGAGACAUUAGAGGCUCUGUCUCACACCCCUAGAGAUAAAGUCAAGUAUUACCUGAAAUGCUACAUGUACCUCUCUCAGCUGGAGGCACUCAACAUUCCCUACAAUCUGGAGCGGUUUCUCAGUAGUCCAAAAGAGGGAAUGAUUAAGGGUUUAUGGAAGAACCACAGCAACGAACCUCAGGCUGUUCGUCUAGUAGCAGAUUUGUGUUUGGAGUACGAGGUGUAUGACACACAGCUGUGGAGCGGCGUGCUGCAGAAACUGCUGGCGUUUAACAUGAUCAGCUACUUGCAGAAGAUUCUGGAAACUCUUCGUGCCGUGCCCAGUCUUUUAGAGCUCCCAAAUUUCUCCAGAACCUGGCGCAGCGUGAUUCUGGCCCCUUUUAUCACGGCAUCUCUUCCUUUGAGUCCAGUUCAACAAGCCACGUUCUAUAAGACGUUUGUUCUUCUACUAAAAUGUCCGUUCCUGUUGAAUCUGGAUCUCGUCGGCAUCGCCAAGCGCUUCGCCCAGUUCAACUUGGUGGCCUUCUCGCUCGGCACGCUCUUACUCAUCCCCUGCUCCAGAAAGAGGGAACAGCAAAUCCAGACUCUACUGUUAUCCUGUAAUCCGACGACCAUCCUGGAUCAGCUGGUGGAGAGUAUGGGCACAGGAGAACUCGCAGGCUUUCCUUCUCAGAUCAGGGACACUGUGCUGACGUUCCUCUUCAAAAGUGGACGCUACCAGAGCCUGAUAACGAGCGAGCACUUUCGACCGCUCCUGAAGCACUUGGUGUUGAAGGCUCAGCGUGAUCAGGUGGAAGAGAUGAUCAACUACCUGAACAAUCACAACAGGAAGGGAGAUGCCAUUAGUCUCGCUCAGGAAUACGUGAGGUUCAGCGAGCUGAAAGGUGGCGAAAGGGGAGCAGAAAGUCCUGCUGGUUCUGACCCCAUUAAGGAAUUUUUGGCGCAAACAAUGGACUCUCGAGGUUGACACCAGUCAAUGUAACUUUAUCUAAAAUAAAAUCCAAAUAACAUAUUUGCACUUUUUUAUAUAUAUACAUUGUUAAAUAAACGUAUGUUGGUCUGA